AUGGAAAGACGGAAGAUACGCUCGAAGUGGGUCCUUGCCGUGGAGCACUUCCAAAUCGUUCGACAGCUCAGUCGACAGGUGUUCAAAAUUCCAAAGAACGUUGAAGAACUGAUACAAAUAAGUGCGUCUUUUGAACAGAUGCUGAAGAACCGAACGUUGCGAUGCUUGUUCAGUCAGUUUUUGGAACGCGAGUACAGCGAGGAGAAUCUAAUAUUCUGGUUGGCAUGUGAGGAAGUUAACCAAAUCAAGGACUCAGCCGUAGUGGCUAAGAAGAUCAACGAAAUCUACGAGUCAUUUAUCACCAAAAACGCGCCUCUCGAACUCAAUCUGUCGUCUGAUGUACGGCUGCAGAUCAUCGCCUCGAUCGGCAACCCCGACCCGUCGAUUUUCCGCACCGCUCAGGAUCAGAUUUUCCUUCUAAUGAAAAAUGACUCCUACCCGCGGUUCCUCAAAUCAGACCUUUACCUCAAACUGAUGAAGUCCUUUGACGAAUCGGGCCAGAUUUCGUCCAGACGAACCAUGUCUGAAGCCGACGUGUAG